AUGCAUGAGCCUCCAAUGGCUCUUCUCCGAUCGACUCUUGUGAUUGGCCCCGUACCAUCAGGCACCCUCGACAGCCGGCAUCACCCUGUGAAGAGGCCUCGCACAGUCCCAGACCCCAUUUUCAACUCCCUCGAUACGAACAACUUCGUCUUGCCUCCUUACUCCCCACGGUUACUCGAUCAGUGCUCGUUCAACAGCUUUGGGAUGAUGUCGUUCUUUGAAGGCUUACAACGACGCAGCAUUUGCGUGUCGAGUCCUCACGCAGGAAGCCAGAUGGGAUUGGGCAUUUUCCAGACGCCGAGAGUGGAAGACAAUCCGGUUCCGAGAAGACAACGCGUUUUCACGGCGGCUCUGCCCCAGGAUAUGCAAGAUGACGACGAGGACAUUGAGCAGAGAACUGGAUCCAUUGCGGCACUUCGUCUCUACAAUGCCCGUUAUGCCCCGAAGUGGGCCAGGCCGAUGAGAAAGACUUCAGACGGGCUCUAUGAAUGGGAUUUCCUUCUCGCCGCGAAAGCGCGUACCGCACUCGCAAUUCGACUCUUCGAUGUCUCUCCUAGGUCAUUCUUCAAGGUCAAGGUCUUUGUUGGGGGCGUGAAUACCGCUUCCCCAAUGUCUGAGGAGGCCCAGAACUACUAUGUUACCCCAGAGCAGGAGUGGAUUCACGGGGUGCGUGCUCGCGAGGAUCUUGUCCGCCAAUUUCAAGUCCUCGAAAAGGACAGUGAAUUUUCUCUAGGCUCAAUCGUCCAAGGGCAUAAUACGAAGGUGAUAGAGAUCCAGGUCACUGCUCGAUCAGAGUCUCAUGGCCGGGCGCGUACCGGAAACACUCCAACGUCGGAAACAAAGCAAACCCUCACAGCCCCGACUGGAGGAGAAGAUAGGGCCCCAUCGAACCAAACACCCUCGUCAGCUGCAUCAGCACUCACCGAGACGGUGUCCACUCAAGGAUCACCUUCAGUGGCGAUCACAUCUUCGACUUUGGACGGUUUAGGGCAUCUCGAUCUUGUAGCGUCCAUUCCCGUGGUCAUCUCAAAGGGUAGCCAUUCCUUCAAACCGUCCGCGAACAAUCUGAUGCUAGCCAAAAGCAUUGUAUUGGACAAUGUUCAAGGACAUGAUACGAUCCAGACUCUGAAGGAUAGAAUAAUGAAAACGCAUGGAUUUCCUAUUGAGAAGCAGAUCCUGAUCAGAAAAGGGAAGAGGCUUGAAAACGCCGAGAUUCUAGACGAGUUUAUAGACUCGUCUAUCCAGGACAGCAAAGAUGCCCAAAAAACCACGGUGCAGUUGAUGUUACGUCAAGACGUGCGGGUCGGGAUGCAAAUCUUCGUCGCUACAUUGAUGACUGAGAUAAUUUCACUGCUGGUCGAUGAGUCCAAUACGAUCGAUCAAGUAAAGUAUAAGAUCUGGCAGAUGACUGGAAUGCCUCCAGACGCGCAAAGACUUAUUUUCCGCGGCAAACAACUUGAAGAUGGGAGAAUCUUGAAAGAUUACAACAUACCGAAGGAAGCAGUACUCCAUUUGGUCAUGCGGCUCAGGGGUGGGGGUGGUCCUGAACUGAUUGCACAUAGGCAGAGACCCGAGGACGAAACAGAAUGCUCUAUGGCGAUCGGCACCGGUGGACUGAUCCGGCAGGGCUUUGCAAAGGAUGACUGCCCAGAGAACUGGGAGGAACAAUGCACCAGGGUGCUGCGAUUCCACAUUAUCGAUCCAGCAAGCUUUGAGGCCGAAACUGGACUAGAGUUGGACGAGAAGAGCCAGGGCGGCGCUGGGCGCCCUGAAGCCUUCGUCCAGAGCGCCAGGGCUGAACUUGUUCAGAGCCCAGAGACGAUAAACAUCCCCUCCUAUGCUAUGCUCGAUAAUGAGCGGAGGGGUCAGACAGAUGUAGACAUUGUGUUUGUGCACGGUCUUCAAGGGCAUCCGGAGAAGACCUGGCUCCACGAAGGCGCUCCAGAAACCGCCAACCCAACGACCAAGUCGCCUUUCUCCCUCCGGACUCUGUUUAAGCAUCGGGGCAGAUCACCAGGGAAAGAUGUACUGGCCAACUCCCCAAGCCGCAGACAGUCCGUCUGCUGGCCCCGGGACCUCUUGCCGGAGCUUUGCCCAACGUCUCGCAUCCUCACAUUUGGCUACGACACGGUGGUAACAAAGGCCUACUCCCCGGCUGACAAGGGAAACAUAUUCUCCCAUGCAAAGGAUCUGCUCUAUGGACUUGACAGAAUCAGGCCGCAGGGGCGGAGCAUCAUCUUCGUGGCGCAUUCUCUCGGAGGUAUCAUUGUCAAAGAGGCGUUAAGGCGGUCUGAAUCGUCGACCGAGCCCCUUAUCCAAGACAUCAUCAAUUGCACGUCGGCUGUUGUGUUCAUGGGUACACCUCAUCGAGGCAGCGACGAGCUUGCGUCUAUGGCGGAUGUUGUAAGGAGUGUUGCGCAGACCGUGCUGAGGAUGGAUGCAAACCCUGCAAUACUUCGGGCUCUAGGUCUUGACAGCCCUGAGCUGGAGCUCUGUCGCGAGUCGUUCCUCACGCAGUGGCGUGUCAGGGAUUUCGUCGUCAAGACCUUUCAGGAGUCUCGGGGCAUAACAGGUGUGAAUAUCGGUCCUUUCAACGGAAAGGUAGUGCCAGACGUGUCUUCCUCGCUGGAUGAUCCUAGAGAGCACGCCGAAACCAUACCGGCAGACCACAUGCACAUGUGUCGUUUCAGUGGGCCGAGCGAUCCUGGCUUCAGGAAGGUCGGAGUGGAACUUCAAAGGCUUUCCAGAGUUCGACGAGCUAUCGAAAACGGUGCGCAGUAG